AUGACUGGCGGAAAAUCUGGUGGCAAAGCCUCUGGCUCCAAGAGCGCUCAAUCCCGGUCCUCCAAGGCGGGUCUCGCGUUCCCCGUCGGCCGUGUCCACCGUCUCUUGAGAAAGGGCAACUAUGCUCAACGUGUCGGUGCUGGUGCUCCAGUCUACCUCGCUGCCGUCCUCGAGUACCUCGCUGCCGAAAUCCUUGAACUUGCUGGCAACGCCGCCCGUGACAACAAGAAGACGCGUAUCAUCCCACGUCACCUCCAACUUGCCAUCCGCAACGAUGAGGAAUUGAACAAGCUGCUCGGUCACGUCACAAUCGCCCAAGGUGGUGUACUGCCCAACAUUCACCAGAAUUUGUUGCCAAAGAAGACUGCGAAGGGCAAGAACCCCAGCCAAGAGCUAUAA